AAAAUCAGCCAGGCCCUCAACAAUGACUGGAGACACGAUCUCUUAACUUAUCUAUCGAUGUACUAUUCUACCCCACACAGUACUACUGGGAAAACUCCUACUGAGCUUAUGUAUGGUAGAAACAUCCGAACCAAGCUUCCUUCGUUAACUGAUCUGUCAUCAGCUGUUUCUUUCACGGACUAUAGAGAUCAUGACUGGCAACUCAAAGAAAAAGGAAAAAUGACAGAGGAUCAACGUCGAAAUGCCAAACCUUCUACUAUUGAAAUUGGUGAUCAGGUAUUGGUAAAAAACGUUCUUCGUCGUAACAAGCUAACCACGACAUUCAACCCUACCGUGAUGACAGUCAUGGCAAAGCAAGGGCCGCGUAUUACGGUUCAGAGUACCGAUACAGGAAAAUGUUACAAAAGAAAUUCAAGCCAUCUUAAAAAGAUUUCUGAAGAUACGAGCAGUCCGCCUGAAGAUGUUAACCUACCGGACUUCGAUGAGCAUCAUUUGGCGACAAGCACGGAAUCUGCGCCGAAUGACAAUUAUAAACCUAUACCUUCAGUUAGUGAAGAGAUUAGCCAAUCAAUGGAGCGGAGUAGACCACGACGCACAAUAAAAAGACCCAGUCGGUUUGAUGAUUGCGAGAUGGAGCAGUAAUCGUAAUUUACCAGAAACAAGGGGAGAUGUGGUAUUGUAUCUGACUAUAAUCUGUGACAAGUUGUGUGUCUGUAUGGGACUCUAUGGUCAAGUUGAA